AUGUCCGCUUCUACUCUUCCCACUCGUGAGGACCUCUGCGUGUCACCCGCCAGGGAAGCAGUGGGGAUUCGGUGUCCUUUCGCGUCUACUCCAAAGGCGGCGGCGGACUCGACAACAGAGGAAGGGGCUGGAGCGCCUUCCGAGUGCGACGCAGCAACGGCGGGGGUGUCUAAGGCGAGCGCGUUCGAGGUAAGAGUGAAGUCGACUGUUCAUCAUGAGCACCGUCGACCGCGAUGCUGCAGUGACUCCAGUGGCACUCUGCAGACCGCGAGGUCGGAGCGCAGCUCUGGCGAUUGCCAAGGCAGCGUGACCGACACAGAUGCGCCAGCGAUCGCGCUUGCCACCGGUAUCGAGAUGCAAGACAUCACCCGUGGGGCUGCGGGUAGAGGGCCUUUGCACUCCGGCGUCGAGAGUACGACGAUGCCAUGGCUUUUCGAGCGCCAGGUGCAGGAUGCCCCACAGCACAGCAGUUACAGGGAUGCAGGAAACGCCCCUGUGCCGGCUUUGGCAGGCAACACGGUCAACUCCAUCGGGUGCACGGAAGUGCCACCAACAACAGCCUUCACAAUGUGGGUACCGACGCAGUUCACUACGGCUGCUGGACGAGCCAUAUGCUUGCGAGAGCGGCGACUCUUGACGGCAGAAUCUCCCUACUGGAAGCUUCUCCGUUUUGACCCGGCGAGAGAGGCGAUUGUGGUGCCCCCCGGCUCUUCCGCUGACGAGUGCGAUCACGACGAGGAGGCUGUCCUUGGUGCUUCUGGGGAACACUCUGACCCAAUGUCCGGAGCGAAACACGCUGCAGAGCAGUUAUCCACUGACGCUGCUGCUGCUGCACUCCGCGGCGCUAUUGGCGAGUCAUGUUGCGAGACCACAGUGAGUGCUGGGUUACCAUUGACAUCCACCUAUGCUGGUUAUGCGUGGGUGCAUCGUUGUGUGCGGCGCCGACGUGCCGCGUCGUGUCCUGAGCGCGUCCUCGGCUCGUGGUCGAAUCUCUCCGUGUGUAGGGACGCAGACUACUCGCUGCCACCCUUCUCGGGCUUCUGUGCCGCUGACGGCCGUCCUUUCUAUUGCCACAGUCCGUCUGCUUCUCCCGAGGGACAAGGUUGCCAGGAGCGUCGAUCUGGGGGUGCCGAGGGUGUUUGA